GUGUUGUCCCAGAAUCCGUGUCAGCUUUGUACAUGGAGUGAGUGUAUAGUUGGAAACAAAAGUGUCUGUGCUCCAGAAACAUGGAUAUCGAAUCCGACGGCUCGGAGCGCUGGGAAGAUUUUUUCGGAAGCAGCACCGAUAUUGGAUUGGGGUUUCUGGACACUUUGGCGAACAAUUUCAAUGAAGAAGCGAGGCAACUAGUCGAAUCGUCCAGCAACCAUGUGUCCACGUCCUUAUCGCCGCCAGUGAUCACCUCGCCCCCCGCCGUUCCAAGCAACGUGCUUGAUGCUUCACAUCCCGAAAAUGCUACACCCGUCCGAAGCAACAAGUCAGGUGUCGGCGUUGGCGAUGGUUCGCGUGAAGACACUCCCGUCACUUCCACGCUGACACAACAGCCUAGUGCAAGCAGUGCGGUCACCACAUCACACCCCACCGACGUGCAAAUCCCCGUAAGGCCAGUUCGGAAACGUUCGGAUCGAUUCCUUAGUCUCGUUUCACCCAACGUGAGGCGUAUGGUGUGCCACACGACCGACACCAAUGGCUCCAGUCCCACCGGUACCCAUCCUCCGGCCGGUGUCGGUACGUGUGUGAGUUCCAAUGUGCAAUCCGGUGUGCCGGUGACAAUCUCCAGCCCCACAAGUAGUAGAAAAACAAAACAACCGGGAGCAUCACUUGCGCUGACCCCGCUAGGGACUCAGAAGAAACUUCCCCUCUCCAAUGCCAUCACUAAACUGUCAAAGCAGCUGAUCAACGAUCAGGCGCAUGAGAACGGCCCGGAAAGUGUCUCACGUCAUCGAUCAGUGGGGCGAAGCUCACGCGAACGGCUUGUUGGGAGUAGGUCCACCAGUGAAACGGCCACGAAUUGUGCAACAGAGGAUCUGUCUAGGAAAUGCUCCGAAGAGAACGAAGCCAUAGAUCGAGUGCAUUCGAGCAGAGAAGCAAUACAUAAUGUGUCCACUUUUCAGAGGAAAAUCCAUCUGCUCAUGGUGGGCCUAGAGGAGACUGAGGCCGGUGAAGGGCAAUGGACUACCAAGGUAGCCCCUGGAUCAUCAGGAUCCACCAGCGAAGAGAAGUAUCCUAGUCAAGUAUCGCUGAAUGUGACUCAACCAAAUUCGGAGGGUGAAGAGAGCGUAGAAGAUCCCCGGGGUGUUGAAGUGACACUGCGAAGUGGGCACGCAGCAAUGAAUCACGACGCACUGGUGGAGAAUGCGUUCGUGAAAAAUUGUAUUGAUUCAUCCGACCAUCGCAAGACGGUCGUCGAAGCAAUCAAUCCACACCCGAACCUCGGAGUCGCGACGACGAAACUGUCCCCAGCGAAUCCAGAACGUAGCCCAGUCACGAAAGCGGGCUCAUUUCUGGACAAUGCAACCCAUUCGACGUCAACCUCAACGCCAAGCCUGGACACGGCCAAUAGCAGCGGGUCGGUUUACUCCAGCAAAAUGUCCUUGGUCCCGCCCAGCACACCGGUACUAAGCUCGCGGCCGCUAUCUUCCUCCUCCAUCUGCUCGUUCUCGUCCAGUUCAAGCUCUUCCGGCUCGGAGCAUCUCCUGAUGGGAGGGAAAAGCGCCCCACCGUCGUAUCAGGCCAGUGUCGAAAGUUUGGCCGACCCGAGCGAAUCUGAACAGACUGUAUUAGGCGCUUUUGUGGCGGAUGCCGGGACUAUCGGUGUUGGAAUGACCAUGUGCGAGCGGUCUGUGCGUGAGAUUAUUGACUCUGAGAGCAGCUACGUCAAGGAUCUUGGCCAGGUCAUCAGAGGCUAUCUGGAGGAUUGGAAGGAACGGGCUUGCCUCAAGCCAGACCAACUGAACGUGCUGUUCAGCAACAUUCAGCAGAUUUAUGAUUUCAACUUCAAGCUUCUUAAUCGGUUACGUGAAGCUCGAGGCGAUCCGGUCGCAAUAUGCGAUUGUUUCAUCGAUCUUCACGUAGAGUUUAGCUGCUACACCAAGUAUUGCACCAGCUAUCCGGAAGCAAUUUCACUACUGACAACGCUACUUCAGGCAACGCACACAAACGCACUGCUAGUGUCGACGCAGAAAAUGCUCAAGCACACGCUGCCGCUCGGUUCGUACCUGCUCAAACCCGUGCAGCGAAUUUUAAAGUACCACUUGCUGCUGGAAAAUCUACGGAAGCACUGCAGCGACCAACAGGUAGCCUUGGCACACGAAUUGAUGAAAAAGGUAGCCCAAAACAUCGACCAAAUGAAGAAAAAGCUAGACCAGCAGCGGAAGGUGAAGGAACUGGCCGGCAUCCUCGACGGUUGGCUCGGGCCGGAUCUGUCCGUGUUGGGCGAUUUGCUGCGCGAAGGUCUCCUCACGGAGCACGGCAAGCCCCGGAUCGUACUGCUCUUCCAGUCGAUGCUCAUCAUAGCAAAGCCAAAGGAAGAUAAAAGGCUUCAAUUUCGCGCGUAUAUUCCGUGCAAAAACCUCAUGCUGGUAGAACAUCUGCCGGGUGAGCCGGCCAGCUUUAACGUGAUUCCAUUCGACGAUCCGAAGGGUGUGCUGAAGCUAACCGCUCGCAGCCGGGAAGAGAAGCGCCAGUGGACGCAGCAAAUCAAGCAGGCCAUGCUACAGCAUUAUGCCGAUAUUCCACCACGUGCCAUGGAGCUGGUUCUGCAGUUGGGCGAUGAAGAUCAACGAUUCACGGACAAGCCGUACUGGAAGCGUCCGACCAAUAAUUCUCCCGUGCCGGAGUACCUCGAACGGCGACAGCAGUUCCGACGCAGCGAAAUGCGAAUGAAAUCGAAGAGAAGUCUGAUGAAAAAAGAUGCCCCAACACCCACGUUUCGGUCCUACUCGAGUGAUCUGGAGCCUUCGGUUGCAUCGGAACCGACCGACACGUCCACGGAACUCCUUCCUCAUAGUUGCGCCAACCCGGAGGAAUGUAAAUGUAAUACGGUGAAGAAACAACUGCAAGAGGAGGUUAAAAAUCGGGCCGAUACCCUAGCGCAACGCAAGCAGACACCUGUUCUCGCACGCAGCCGAUCGGUGGUGCAAGAAGAGGAGCAGGAGCGGUUGAAGAAGUCACUGUAUGAGCGCAGAAAACUGUCUGCCCCGUUGAAAAAGCAGCUCAACGUGAGGGAGGAGAGUUUGGAAGGAAUCAACACGUACAACAGCACGAUGAUUCCCAAGCGCAUCACCGACAUGCGCAAGCGCCGACCGAAAACGCUAACCGGAAGUUCCACGUUCUACACCGACCUGAAUGUGGAACAAGGGACCGAAGCCGAGGUGGACGUAAGCGGUGAGCAUUGCUCCUCGACGGAACAUCCAUCGAUUGUUGAGCCGCUGGAUGACACGAGCGUGGAUAACGUUUCACUGGAAGCGUCCGUAUGCUCGUCAGUCACGGAAGGUUCACAGGAAUCGGAAGCAGUAGCGCCGGUGGAGAACGGCAGGGUCUCGAGUGGCAAGCACCUGAAAGAUGCAGAUAUCAUUACCAAGCUUAUAAUGGAGAAGGAUCAGUUUAACAAGAUUUUGAGCAAACCCUUAACGAAGAAAAAAUCUUUCGAUUCAUCCAGCUGUGUGCGGCCAGUUAUGAAUCCACCGGAACCUCCCAGCACGGAGCCGCCGUGUGACGAGGAACCGUGUGUAACGGCGACCAUAUGCGUCGAGGCUCGGGAACGAUCCGUUUCUGGUGGGGCGGACGAUGAGGAACCGAUCUACGAGUCCCUACUUCGCAACGUGCACGUCCCAUACAAGUAUGCGCCAUCUUCCGUCGGACGUCAUUCGUUGCCAUGUGUCGAAAAGCCUAAAUUCAACAACUGCCAGAUGCAGGUGGGGCCUCCUCCACCUCCGCUUUCUGCCUUACCCAGAAAAACUCGCCCCGAGUCGGAUUACGUCACAUUGGCCUACUCCGAGUUAGGGCUGCUCGAGCGAAUCGGAGGUGAGAAUGAUGGAGGAACUGUCGUCCGUCGCCUCGGCUCACCUCAAAUAUCUUCAGCCCAUGCCAAAACACCGCAGCUACUGCGCAACAGCGACACGAACAUAAGCUACCAUCGCGAAAACAGUACCCCCACGGUCGGAACCCGGGAUGUGGGAAAGGAACCGACGAACCUGCGUCCAACAUCGCCAGCUCACGAAGACGAUGCGUCGGUGAUGGGGCCCGAUGAAUCGUUCGCCAACGGUUCUUCCAAGCAAGCCUUCCUCGAACGGCAAGGAAGCUUGAACAUGAAGACAACGGCGGCCCAGAAAAGCAUUUUGCAACGUUUCAUCUCCCUGCACGCCUCCGCCAUAUCGUCGCGGAUGCUUGGCAGUGAAGGCAACCUUCUUCAUGGCGAUGCUCAACCGCUGCAGCGGAAACUAUCCGACCCUAAUGGAGGCUACGGAGCAGCGGGGUGUGGCGGUGGUGGUGGUGGAUCGGUCGGGCACAUCUACAAACUGGGCAGUAUGGAUUUGGGCUCUCGUAUCGCUCAGCUGGACUAUGCCGACCCAAAGACCCUGUUCGCCCAACCUUCGUCUGCGUCUUCCUGCUCGAUGCAAUCAAUGGGUUCGAAUGGGAACAAUAAUGUGCUCAUCAACCAGGAGUCGAUGAAGUCACACGUCUACCAUCCGGUGUCACACGACCAGCGGGACUCGGUGCUGGCGUCGAGUUCCUCUAGUGAUAGUUUCUGCGAGGAGAUGAAACCUUCCCUGGCGGGGAUGGACGAUGAGAAUAGCUUCUACGAGCGUACGGUGGAGGAGUGUCUCGAGCACGAUUUCCGUGACUCCGCCGUAUACAGUGGGGACGAUAAUGACCGCCGUGCGGAUCGAUGUAACACGGGCGGUGAAGAGGUGGAUCAGCGGAAUGUUUACGAGACGGUCGCAUCAGCACGUGUCACUGGAAGGAAUCGAUUCUCCGGGCCACCACCACCGAUCCCGACGAAACCGGCACACCUGAAUCGAUUGAAACGCUUCAGCGCCGUGGGCCCUGCCGUCGCUUCUCCCAAACCGUCAGCAAAUAACCGUGGUUGGGUGUUGCAGCAAGUGAAACGUUUCCAGUGACCCGUCGCAGAAAGAUACAGCGUUGCGUAGGAAAAUUGGUAGGCGAAAGGAAAGAAGUGUCCUUAAGAUUUCAAGCAGAUUGAAAGUUGCCAAAGAAAUGUGUUUUUUCGAUCAAUUUAAUUGAUAACACACUACAAUGCCCCAACUGCAAUGUUUUAUUUUUAAUUCUAUUCCAAGGCUUCCCCUAAAGCGUGUAAACAGGAGGCCGAGUUGGACUCCUACUGGUCAGCGUAGGCAUAGGCGAGGAGUUCAGUCUGUAUUCAGCUUUUAGAUGUAAGAUUUUAUUUCACCCGCGAUGAGGAGUAGAAAGCAUUUUAAACAUUUUAAAAUAAUUUAGCAAUCGUAACAUUAGAGUAAAAGGCAAUUGCAAUCCGUUUAUUUAAUACGCACCACCGGCAGCAAGUCCGGAGUGUAAAAUCCCGCAGAAGUUUAUUAUUUAUGCGAAUAAACACGUAGUAAUCAUUGAUAUGUUAAUUACUUAU